CUACUAUAUAACAAAUAAUUUGAGCAUGCCAAUAACAAAAGCAGCGCGAGGGAGGGAGCCAAAUUGGAAAGAGUGGGACUCAAAGGCGCAGAAAGCUGGGCUAAGGCACACUGUCUUUUGUGGUGGUGGUGACACUUACGUUGGGCAUUGGGAAAAUAACCUAAAACAAGGAAAAGGUACCUACCAUUGGGCUAAAGCAAAUGCAGUGUAUGAUGGUGAUUGGAAGGAAGACAAGAGACACGGAUACGGAACGUACAGUAUUAUAAUCGAGGAACUACCCUUCAAACAGUACGGUGGAGGGUGGAAGAAUGAUAAGCGUCAUGGGUAUGGUACAUUUUAUUACGCUGAAACAGAGUACUACGAGGGAGAGUGGUAUGAGAAUAAGAGGAAUGGUUGGGGUAGAAUGUACUAUAAGGAUGGAUCGGUUUACGAGGGCAGGUGGGACAAUGAUAUGAGGGACGGAGAGGGGACUCUCAGAUUACCAAAUAACAACAGAUUCGAGGGACUGUGGUCACGUGACAAGAAGAACGGUGCCGGGUGCCAUUACUACCUUGACAGAGGACAAGCAUACGAGGGAGUAUGGGUUGAAAACAUCCCAAAAUGCGGUGAAAUGAGGGAUGUACAGCGGGACUCAGCACCACGACCUACCGAGUACCCCAUACCCAGCCUGGAACUUGCUGCACCCACAAGUGUGGUCAGAGAAGCCAGGGACAGUUUCAUGCCUGAAGAUUGAAGGUGUCAAAGGGAGUUUUAUUGGGGGAUUUUAUUAUUGUGUACUAGAGAGACGCGAUUGCUUGAUAAAAAGCUAGAGUUGAUUUUGAGCAUUGAGCUUAUAACAUGCUAAGAAUGAAACGUUAUGUAUUUCCAAAAAAUCUGCUAACUAACUUGAUCUACAGCCAAUGCUGGUCAAGAGAAUUUAGGACGGAGCUUUCUUGCUCAAGAUUUUACAUGUGAAAGUUGUAAAUAUAUUGUACAGCGAAUUUAAUGAUUUUCCGUUCACCGUUGCAAUUUCAGAUUCAUUUAUUCCCAUC